AUGAAAAUCCCAACGACGAUUGCCGAACUGGUCGCCUCGUUUUCUGGAAUCAACCGUACUCCUGACUUCAAACCAGUCACAAAUUCUUCUGGAACGUGUGGAGAGACUUCUGGAAGAACUACACCCGUCCAGAAGUAUCAUGGAAAUCGACGACAGAGUACAGUGAUUACUGUUGGAGUGGACAAAAUCCCAACAGUGCCCUCGGAACCAUCAUCUCUUAGAAGUCCCAGCUCUUCUGGUCCAGAAGCCAAGUAUCGGAAGAAUCGGCGACAAUCGGCACCAUGCAUCUCCACAAUUGCCAGUAACACAUGUCUAAAAGAGAAAUUGAGCCGUUUGAAAAGUGCAAAUUCAUCUGGAGACGAGCAAGAGGACGAUGAUAUUAAGGAGGAGGAGCCAGAAGACUUCCACGUGGCAGGAGGAAGAAAACAGUCUGUGUCUUAUCGAAUCGCCUGA